UUCCAAAAACUUCCUCAGGAAUCGUGACAAUAAGCCAGACACUUGAUUUUGAAGCGGUGAAUGCAAACGGUGCACCAUACUAUAUAGUGAAGAUCCAGGCAUCUGAUCAGCCAGACCCACCCACUCUGAAACUGACAGCAGAAACCUAUCUCAACAUAACAAUAACUGACGGAGAUGAUCAAGGCCCAAUCUUUGAAUAUACUGGCUGCAGAGUAACCACAAGUGCACCAUUUAUCUGUUUUAACCCAGAAUACACUGUGAACGUUGUGACUGGAUCAACGACCGGAAACCUUGAGAUUCAUUCCGUUCCAGACCCCAACAACAUACCGGUAACGAUUGGUGCCAGAGAUCAAGACUCACUGAGAUAUCCAAUCAGAUUCUCCAUUGAACAAACCACACCACCUAGCCUGAUAACCAAGUUUAACCCGCUUCGAUCCAAUAACCCCAACCAAGGCAGUUUGCUGUACACAACUAGCUUGAGUCUAAACAGUGCCAUCACCAAGGCUGAUGUCAUUGACAAUGAGUUCCAGAUCGUCAUACGGGCGACAGAGCAAGGACAAAGUUCGGGACCCAACCGGUUUCAGCGAGCUAUCAUCAGGGGAAGGGUUCUUCCUGCUAACAACUUUCCACCAGACAUAAGCACAUCAUCUGGCCAGUUGACAGGCUACAUUCGAGAAGAUGCCAAAACAAACGAUCAUGUCAAAGACAGCAAUCUUAUAAACUCAUUCCAACUGAUCAUUUCAGAUCGAGAUGUGUCCGCCUCAGAUCCCAAACAGACGUAUACAUUUGAAGUGAUUGGUACAACAGUGUUCAGUGUUGACACAGAUGGCAUUGUCCGAUUGGCUGCUCCAGGUUUGAACUAUGAACAGUUGAGGAGUUAUGCUUUUCAGGUGAGAGUAACUGAGGCGAGUACAACAGAAAAAAGAUCCUCCCUGAUUUCACUGACAGUGAAUGUGAUUGACGUGAACGACAACGCACCAACUUUCAUAUCGGGCUUACUCAGAUUCGAGAGAACUGCAGGAACUUACAACAGAGACUUCAUCACAACAGUUGAGGCAACAGAUGCUGAUUCCUCACCAAACAAUAUAAUAACAUACUCCAUUGAGAGUGUCAGUAACAAUGGAGCCAGUAAAUUCAGCUUGGAAACCAAUUCUCUCUAUAUAAGUGGACAAGUAGCUGAGGGAGACACCUAUGCCAUAACCAUUGCUGCCACAGAUGGUGGGACGCCUCCACUCAAGGGAACUAUUACAGUUAUUGUUGACAUUACCUCAACGGGAAACAAAAGUCCUGUUAUUCCUGCAGACAUGUACACAAUCUAUGUGAGUGAGGGAAUAAAUGUGAACCAGGAAAUAUUCAUCACACCGGUGACUGAUGAUGGAAAUACAUUGCAGUUUGCUCUUGCAAAUGUCAUCAAUCCACAAGAUAAUACUUUUACAAUUGGACAAACUGAUGGCAAGGUUAGAAAUACCAGAUUACUGGACCGUGAAUCAACACCAGAAUAUAAUUUAACAAUAACUGUGAAAGAUCCAAUUUUGACUGACUCUACACGUCUAAGAAUCAUAGUCACAGAUAUCAACGACAAUAAACCAGUGUUCACAGGCCCUGGUCUGGUUGGCAACUCAUACACAUUCUCUGUCACUGAAGGACAAUCAGCACCAGUAGAUGUCGGUACUAUCCAGGCCUUUGACAAUGAUGAGCCAAAUACAUUAAAUUCACAACUGACUUACAGCAUUGCUCCUAUCUAUAGCACACUUCCAUUUUCAAUACAACAAGGAGUAGGAAAUGCAAAGAUACAGACUACUGCACCACUGGAUUAUGAGACUAAUAAGCGGUUUGAGUUCUUGGUGUACGCCACUGACCAAGCGAGCGAUGCACGGCGGGGAUCAGCCACAGUGAUUGUCCUUGUUAACGAUGUACAGGAUAACAUUCCACUGUUUGUUCAGACUGUGUAUGAGGCAUCAGUAAACGAAGGUACUGCAGGUCUGCCUGUAGUCACAGUUAAAGCUGAAGAUUUGGACACUGUCAAGGACAUCUCAUAUGAAUUUGUAGAUAAUACCUUGACAGAGUUCAGUAUCAAUUCGGUGAAUGGUCAAAUUACAACAGCUAUAGCAUUGGACUAUGAGACGAGACAGCGGUAUGUGUUCUUAGUGACAACUUCAGGAGGAAGAAAUCAACCUGGAUUGUCAACCACAGCAACAGUUACUGUCAGUGUUGUGGACAUAAAUGAUUCACCUCCAGUAAUUGGCUUUGAUCAAGGUCAAGCUACUGUCACACGACUGGAGACUGUACCCAUUGGAAACCUCUUGGUAGAUCUGUCAGCAACUGAUCAAGACACACCGGGAACACCUAACAGUCGAGUUACCUUCAGACUUGAUCAAGGAUCCAUUAAUCCUCAGUCUGGUGUGAGGUUGUUCUACAUUAACCCAAAUGAUGGAAAACUGGUAGUGAGUCAGCAGUUCACAACAGACCCAGGUCCAACUCGGUAUACGAUGAGAAUCAUAGCAGAAGAUGGAGGCAACCCAAAGCUUAGUGCUUUUCAAGAUAUAACAGUGAUCGUGAACCGCAACAAUGCACCCUUCUUUACUCCAUCAAGCUUGCAAACAACCAUGGAUGAAAACAUGGCUCUGCAAAGAUCUGUGUUUCAAGUGGUGGCCACUGAAUCGGAUACUGUGGAUCCAUUUGACAAAGUGACCUACUCUUUGGAUGGUGAUAUUUCAGCUCUGGAUUACUUUUCUGUCACCACAACUGGUCAGAUUAAUACGGAUUCAUUCCGGUCAGUUGCUGCUGACCCACUUUUACCUAUGCAGUACAUACUUCGUAUUAUAGCCACUGAUGGUGGUGGAUUGAAAGGAACUGCCACUGUGACGAUAAGCAUAAAUCGAAAUCUUCAAAAUCCCAUUCUCCAACCACAGAACUACUCAACAUCUAUCUAUGAAAAUGAUCCUCUUGGAGAAACAGUUCUUUCAAUUGUAGCCACUGAUUCAGACCGAAAUCAACCACACAACCAGUUGUCUUAUGCAAUAACCAGUGAUCAGAUAUCGCAGAGAUAUUUUCGAAUUGAUGCUAAUGGAAAUAUCUAUAUGUAUAGAUCUCCAACCUUAGACAGAAACAUUAACAGUUUCAGCAUGACUGUUGAUGUCCGAGAUCAAGGUAAACCAACUCCUAAAAUAGCUCAGCCAAAUCCAGCCUAUGUGUCCAUUUCUGUAAUUCGAAAUUUAAGGAGUCCUCUCUUCUUUGCAAGUCCAUAUUCAGUGGUCCUCCGUCAAGAUCGGCAAGUGCCAUCAAACAUAUUAAGAGUUAAUGCCACAGAUUCAGAUACAGAGUCUCGCUUCAGGACUGUACGUUACUCCUUGGUUGGAGAUGAUGAAUCACCCAAUUUCUUCAGUAUCAAUUCUGACAGUGGACAAAUUCAACUUAUUAAAAGCUUGGCGGAUACUGAAAAAAAUUCACUGACAAUACGAAUUGUUGCAAGGGACACAGCAACUGCUGAUAUUUCUGCCAGAUCUGCUACAGGCCUGGUGUUUGUAACUGUGACUCGGAACUUCCAGAAACCAGUUUGGCCACCUGGAGUUGUAUACUCCAAGAGAAUUCCAGAGUCGACACCAGUGUUGGAUCCUGUUAUUACUGUAAAAGCCACUGAUGGUGAUCCUCAGGCUCCAAACAAUAUAACCUACUACGAACUUGUUGGAGAUCAACAGGUCAAGUUCUUCUUUGAAAUUGGCAAAUCUGAUGGCAUAAUCAGAGUUCGACGUCCAUUGAGACUGGCAGCUGUUCCAAAACCAGCACAGUACAAUAUGAGAGUACGUGCUUUUGAUGGUGGUACCCCAUCCCUAACAUCGGAUGUUGAAAUAGAUGUGACAAUUCAAGUAUUCCGGAACAACCAUCCUCCACAAUUCUCUCAAGAUAUCUAUCGUUCCAGCCAUACCCAAGGGUCAGGAAUUCUUGACACCACUGUGAUCCAGUCAGUUUAUGCUAGAGAUGAAGAUACUGAUCCGGAAUUCAAUGUUGUGUCCUAUGCCAUCAUUGGCCCUAGUAAUGCCAUGACAUUGUUUAGAAUUGAUAAGAAUGGACUUAUUUUCCCCAUGAAUGCUGCAGUGGCCCAGUCACUUAAUACCAGUCCAGAAGCAGAGUACUUUAUCAAUAUUCAAGCAGCAGAUAAUGGGAGUCCACCUUUAACAACGACAAGUCUUGUUAUAGUCACAUUUAAUCGUAACGUCUACCCACCAGUCAUUUAUCCAACAACUUACGAAAGAGAGAUCUUUGAAAAUCAGGAAAUUGGAGCAACAAUUGAGACUGUCGGAGCCUAUGACAAUGAUACUCUGUCUCCAAACAACCAGUUUUUCUUCACUUCAACGGGUACGGCAGCAGCUCAAGUUUAUUUUGGUGUCAGCAGAACUGGUGUUGUCACAGCUAUACAAGACCUACGUCGAGACACCUCAAACAGUCAGCAGUACACAUUGUUGGUGAGAGCAGAGGAUUUAGGAGAAACUCCAUUCAGAUCUCAAAACAGUGCCGUUGUGACAAUUAAUGUAGUGCGGAACUUAUUUUCACCAGUGUUUCAGAAUACACCUUAUGAUUUACUGAUUCCUCGGACAGCACAAGCCUUCUCAAAUGUUGUAAAAGUAUCAGCAAAGGACGACGAUCAACGGACACCUUACAACGUAGUCACCUUUGACAUCAUCACUCAAAGUGUCCCCCGAUUCUCCAUUAACCAAAACACAGGACAGAUAACUCUCACACAAGGAAUAUCUGCGGAUUCGGAAUCACAGUAUGUGAUAACUGUGCGAGCGAAAGAUGGCGGUUCUCCACCUAAGAGUGAUUAUACGACGUUCCGAGUGACAGUGGAUAGGAAUCUGGCACAACCAGUACUCGUUUCGCCUUCAGGUCCAUCAUAUACCGUUGAAAGACAAAUUCUCGAGACUGCCGGCUUCUCAAAUGUUAUAUACAAAGUUGAAUCUACUGAUGGUGAUCUGUCGAAACCAUACAAUACUCCGAGGUACACCAUUGUUGGAGUUGACACAGGGCCAACAUAUUUCCAGAUUGACUCGAAUACUGGCGAAAUACGUUUGAAGGCAUCACUUCUGAGAGACAGUCUUUACAAAUAUUCUGUGGUUGUUCGGGUUGAAGACAGGGGCACGCCGCCAAAAACUGCAACUGCAUCAGCCACAGUGAAUAUUAACGUUAUUCGCAAUGAUAACUCACCAUACUGGGUUGGUCUGCCAUACACCACAAUCAUUGACGAAACUCAAAGUAUGACCAACUCAUUUUUCCAAGUUGUGGCAAGAGAUAAUGACCCUUUUAAUACAUUUGAAAGGAUCAGCUACUCGGUGCUUGAUGAUGGCAUUGCAAAUAGAUUCUUCAGCGUAGACAGUAAUGGAAACAUUCGGCUGAUACAGUCCCUUUAUAAUGUAGCAGAUCCACAGCUCUACCUGAGAGUUGUGGCAUCAGACAACGGAGUUCCUCCAAAAACAAACACAACGGUUGUCACUAUUACAAUCAAUAGAAAUCUUGGACCUCCGUCAUUCAACAGCAGUCUCUACGAAACGACCAUUAAAGAAACACAAGCACUGGGAAUUUCCAUCUUAAAUGUAUAUGCAACUGAUCCCGACUCCAUCCCACCUCACAAUGUCCCACAGUUCAUUGUAGACUCGACAGAUCCUGAGUAUGAAUGGUUUUUCAUAAACAAAGACACUGGUGUCAUUUCUGUGCGAAAAUGGCUGGUCGAUGAUACAACUUCAAGAGAAAGAUACGAGUUUUCAGUUACGGUGAAAGAUAAGGGCAUUCCUUCACGAACAGGUAACCAGGCAACAAUACGGAUAAAUGUCAUUAGAAACCGAGCAGGGCCGUCUUGCUUUGGAUCACCUUACACUGCAGGAAUUGAGGAAACCCAUACUGUUGGGACAUCCAUUGGCACCAGAAUUGUUUGCACAGACAGCGAUCAAAACAAUGAUCCAUUUGGUCAGCUUACCAUGACCGUACUUGGUGACAAUCAGGCCACAACAUUUUUUGAUGUCGCUCAAGAUGGAACUGUUUCUUUGCGGAGUGAUUUGACAGCAGAUAGUGCAGAGUCCUAUACUCUUCGAGUUCGUGUUGCUGACGGAGGAUCACCAUCGAAAUCGGCUACAGCGCUUGUAUUUAUCAAUGUAAACAGGAAUCGAUUUCCACCUGUCAUCUCCCCACUUGUGUACUCUCAGAAAAUCCCUGAAACUCUCAAUUUUGGUGUGACCAUUCUGACUGUGAGAGCUACAGAUAACGACAGACUGUCAAAAUAUAACAAUAUUCAAUUCCGAAUAAGCAAUGAUCAGUUCAGUAGACUUGGCCGAGAGUACUUCAUGAUCAACGACAAUGGAGUAGUCAGCGUGUUGAAGAACCUCAAAGAAGAUGUUGUUCGAAACACUGUAUACAAUUUUUCUGUUGAAGCCUUUGAUGACUAUGGAAAGAUUGCCAACCCAAGUGCAGUUGUGACUAUCUUUGUGUAUAGAAACUUGAAUCCUCCACGGUUUGUAGAAACGGAUGUCUAUCAAGUGGAGAUCAUGAACACUCAUUCUGUAAAUUCAUUUGUCUUUGAUGCCAAUGCAACAGAUCUUGAUAGUGAUAGUCCAUUCAAGGAUUUCACGUUUGACAUCACUGGAGAUGGAGAUUCGACCACCUACUUUUCAAUUAAUCCAAACACAGGAAUGGUCAGCUUAGUAAAAAGUGUUUUUGGUCAAAAUAUUCCAAGUGAAUUCAAGGUACGGUUAUUUGUUCAAGAUGGUGGAACUCCCAAGCUCAGUGACACAAGAAUAUUGACUGUAGUGGUGAAACGAAAUUUGAAUGACCCAUACUUUACCUUACCAAGCUAUCAGGCAACAAUUCGUGAAACAGAUGGUGUAGGCCAGUAUGUGUUGACUGUAUCUGCAAAAGAUGAUGACAGUUUUCCACCCUAUAACGAUGUCUCUUACUAUAUUGAUGGUACCAAUGAACGCUUUAUUCUUGAUGAAAAGAGUGGUGUACUGACAGUCAGACGUUCCCUGCUUGGUGAAACACAGGAUUACUUCACGUUCAAUGUGGUAGCUCGUGAUGGAGGAAAACCAAGGAGGCAGAGUUCAUUGGCCCCAGUGAUGGUUAACAUUACCAGGAACAAAUAUCCACCAGUGUUCCAAAAUGAACCAUAUAAAGCAACCAUACGUGCUGAUAUUGGAACAGGACAACAAGUGAUAUCCAUUCUUGCCACAGAUGAAGAUCGUGUGAAUCCAUUUAACAGCAUUGAGUAUGACAUUCUACCUUUUGGCAACAUACAAAGUCUGUUUACCAUCAAUGGUCAGUCUAUUGUCACAGCUUCUGGUUUCAGUUCUGAUGGUGGAGAAAACUAUGAAAUAUUUGUUCGAGCACGAGAUGGAGGCAGUCCACGCAAGACAGAUUUAGCAGUGGUUCAAGUUACUGUAACCAGGAAUCUAUUUCCGCCUCAGUUCCAGAACACCGUGUUGCAAGCAAGAAUCUUGGAAAUACAAAAGCUUGGGGAAGAUUUUUUCACUGCACAGGCCAGUGACAAUGAUCAGUCUUCUCCGAACAAAGACCUGGAAUAUUCGUUAACAUCUGCUGCAGUAAAUGCUGACUGCAGGUCUUUCUUUGGCAUCACUAGGAAUGGUGGCCUCUAUGUGCACACAGAUUUGGUUGGAAACCAAAAUAAUCAAAACCGUUACAAUUGUGAAAUACGAGCCAGCGAUUUAGGCAAUCCAAGUCGUUAUUCUACAAAUAAUCUCACUGUUGAAAUAUCAGUUGUGAGAAACACUGCACCUCGUUUUAUCUUUCAAAACUUGGGCCAAACCGUUUAUACAGCAACUAUAAACAGAAACAUUCGUGAUAGUGAUUUGGUUGGAACCUUCAAUGUUGUUGAUAAUGAUAAUGAUGUCCCCUUUAACCAACUCCAAUACCAAGUCACUGGUGCAGGAAAAGCAGUGAACUUCUUUGCUAUUAGAGGUAGCAACGAGGUAAUCGUGUCAGAUGCUGCGGGAUUGGCUGCUGAUUCAGACACCUCUUACAUUCUUCAGCUGUACACUCGUGAUGGUGGACGAUCAUUCUUGAGUGAUCAAACAGAGAUGCGAAUUACGGUCAACCGAAAUCUGCAAGCCCCAUCCUUUACCACACCAUUUAUUGAAGUCAACAUUACAGAGCUGUAUCCUGUUGGGAAACUCAUUACCACUGUACAAGCUAGAGAUGAUGAUCCAAAGGCACCUGCUAGUGAAUUCAGUUACUCAGCAAGAGAUCCACUGGGUCAAGCCUCAGAGUAUCUGUAUGUACAUGCCACCACUGGCAGAGUCAGUCUACUGAAGUCUGUCAAGGACACAACAAUUAGGACUCUUGAUUUUCUCAUCCUUGCUACUGAUAAUGGGUUUCCAGCACUGACAGGUACAGCAACAGUUCGAGUGAAUGUGCUCCGCGAUUCCCAGGAUCUCAGUUGGCAGUUCCCUCAGUACAAUACACAAAUUAAUGAAAACCGUCCUGUUAAUGACCAGAUUAUACAAGUAACAGCAGUACCUCAGCUGCAGCCUGGUUCCAUCACCUACAAAUUGCUUGGUUACAGUGAUGCUCCUGACUGGUUUACAGUUACUACGCAAGGACAAGUGCUAAUAAAGAAAGACCUAACAACAGACCUCGCCAAGCGAGCUGUUUUUAUUCUGCGAGUCAGUGCUACACAAACAUUUGAAGUGACAACGCAAGUCAUCUACACCAAUGUAACUAUUGGCGUUAACAGAAAUGUGAAUCCACCUGUGUUUUCGAGAACAGAUAAGAGAUAUGAAACGACCAUCGAUGAAAAACUUGCAUUAGGCACAACAGUUAUACAACUAAAUGCAACUGAUGCUGAUGGAGAUGUUUUGAGAUUCGAAUACGACCAAGCCAUUGAAGGCAGCUUUGAUUUCUUCUUCCUUCGUACACUAACAGGCACUAUGAUAUUAACUAAAGACUUAACAAAGACAACAAUUAGAAGAUUUGAGUUUACUGUUCGUGUGAGAGAUCAAGCUGUUAAUGAAAAAUCUGACCGUGCUACUGUUGUAAUCAGUGUUGUUGGUGACAACUUUCCUCCAUUUUUCAUCAAUGGUCCAUACCAAACAACUAUUAACUUCAAUGCACAGGUUGACACAUUGGUCUUCGAUCGAGUUCGGGCCGAUGAUCAAGACAGAGGGAGCCGUCCAAUGCGCUAUGAGGUGGGAAGUGGCUAUUUGUCAGCUUUGGCCUUCUUCCGAGUUGAUCCCAAUAGUGGCAACGUUUUGCUCCGAUCAUCCAUUGCUCAAGAAACUGCCCAAACGUACACUCUGGAACUUCUUGCAUAUGAUUCAGGCAGUCCUGGUGUUAAAGCCAAAACAAACAUCACUAUAAAUGUAAACAAAAACCCGACUGCUCCAUCAUGGACUGUGACAAAUUAUGAGAAGGAAGUGUUUGAAACCGAUACCCUAGGAGAGACUAUUGUAACACUGCAAUCAUCAGAUGCCGAUGGACAUAAGCCAAUAUAUGUAGUCACAUCAGCUCAACCAUCUGGCUGCAGUGACUAUUUUCAACUCAUGUCUCCAUCUGGAAUAAUUUACAUCAAGAGUGAUCUAACAUUGUCCACAUUUUCAGAAUGCAGAAUGACAAUCAGUCUUAAAGAUGAUGGUGUUCCAGCUCAGUCCACCAAUGUUGUUGCAACUGUGACAGUUACCGUUGUCCGUAACAACAACAGGCCUGUAUUUGUUGGUUUCUGUAGUAAAUCUAUUCCUGAAAACACACCCAUUGGAACUGAGGUGGUUGUUGUCCAGGCAACAGAUGCAGAUAGAGUGAACACAGCAUUUUCAAACAUACGGUACACUUUAAUUGGUGAUGGCAAUGCUAACAGCUAUUUCCGACUUGAUAGCACCAAGGGCAAUCUGACAGUUAGUAGUGACCUUACUGCAGAUGAUGUUAAUACAUACAAUGUGAGAAUUCAAGCAGCUGAUGGCGGAAAACCUGUCAAGGUUGCCACAGCAAUCUGUGCAAUCACGAUUCUACGGAACCUUAACCGACCAGUGUUUGUACAAAAUCAGUACAAUUUUACAGUCUUUGAAACACACGGCUACACCACAGUGGUUGGACAAGUGCUUGCAAAUGAUGGAGACAGACCUAAUACUCCUCAAAGUAAUGUUCAGUACUCAAUCAAAGAACGUCUCAAUGGUGGAAAUGCUCAGAACUUUUUUAAUAUUGACAAUAAUGGCAGAAUAUUUAUUCGUAUCUUACUGACAUCUGAUGUACAGAGACAAACGCGAUUUGAGUUUGAUGUGGAUGCAACUGACAAGGGCAGUCCCACACGGUCAUCACAACCCGAUGCUCUGGUCAUUGUGAAUGUAAUUAGGAAUCUAUAUCCGCCUGUGUUCGAGGGUGAGCCAUACACUGCUGAUGUGUCAUACAAGAUUGCGCCAGGCAGCAGCGUGACAUCAGUGAUUGCCAAAGAUGCUGAUACUCAAUCACCCUACAAAGAUGUUAACUACACCCUGAUUGGUGAUGGUAUUGCUCGCACUCUGUUUGCUGUUAACAGUGGAAAUGGUGCCAUAACAACACAGGCAUCACUGGAGUCCGACAAACGUGAAGAAUACACACUACGAAUUGUUGCUAAAGAUGGUGGCACCCCACAGAUGUCUGACACCACAACAGUGUUGGUGACAGUGAAGCGCAACUUGAAUGAUCCACGUCUCAUAACACAGAAUUAUACACUUGGCAUUCUGGAAAUUCAACCUCUCGGUGAAGCUAUUGUCACAAUUAAUGCAAUAGACACAGAUGAAAGUGAACCAUACAGUAAGUUGUCUUACACCUCAACCAGCAGUCCUUUGUUCAAUGAGUAUUUUGGUGUGCGUGGGUCCACCGGUGAGGUGUACGUUCGGAAAUCACUGACUCUUAUUAAGUCUCAAAACACGUUCUCUGGAAGUGUUCAAGUGUGUGAUAUGGCCACCAAUCGGCGAUGUGCUAGUGCUCUGGCUUACGUGACUGUGAAUGUCCGCCGCAACACCAAUCCGUACUUCACUGGCAUUCCAUACACAGCAGACCUGAACCAGGGAUCUACUCCACCUCCCGGAACCAAUGUCUUCAGAGUUCUCGGUCGAGACAAUGAUCCUCCGACUACUGUGUUUGGUCAGCUGGACUACACAAUAAUUGGUGAUGAUCCUGCUGAUGCAUACUUUGGUAUUGAUUCAAAUGGUCAGGUUACCAUCAGUAAUAACCUCGGACAGAUCAACAGAAAUGACUACCAGCUACGUAUUCAGGUUUGUGAUCGUGGUGGCUUGUGUAAUACAACAGUGGGUGUAGUGACCAUCACAACCAACUUCCGUGCACCAAGCUUCAAUCCAACCAGCUACCAAAACAGAAUUCCUGAAACCAUUAACAUGGGAGAGACCAUAAUUGAUGUCAACGCCACAGACAAUGAUUUAACGAGCCCUAACAAGGAUGUACGAUACCGAUUCUUUGGUACCCCACAAGACUGUUUCCAGAUAAAUGCUCUCACUGGCUUUAUUUCUGCACGAAGGUCUCUGUUGGUUGAUCCAUGCAGAGCUCAGACCUUUAAUUUUCAAGUGGAGGCAUACGAUAUGGGCAUCCCAUCACGAACCAGCGCUCCAGCAACUGUGGAUAUCACGGUGGUGAGGAAUUUGAAUGCACCCAUCUUUCAGAAUGCCCCGUAUGAGACUCAGAUUCAAGAAACUCAAGCUGUUGAUUCAGUGGUGUACACAGUCUCGGCAAACGAUUUGGACAUAAUAGCUCCGUUUAACACAAUUGAUUAUGAAAUUGUUGGAGAUGGGACAGCACCAUCAUACUUUAGAGUGAAUAAAAUCAACAACGAACAAGCACAAGUAAUACUUAAGACAUCUGUACUGAAUGACCAACCAGUUCAAUACACAGUAAGACUGAGAGCUUUUGAUGGCGGUAUUCCAUCCAAGUACAGUUUCACCACACUCACCGUCAAAGUUGAACGAAAUUUGAACAGACCCAGGUUCUUUGUUAACAAAGACACUGUAACGAUAUUAGAAACCCAGUCCUUAGGAAAAGACUUCUACACCAUUAUUGCGAAUGACACGGACACAAGGGAGCCAUUUAACAAAGUUACAUACGAACCAGUAGGCAACACAGAAGCACUGAAAUACUUCACAGUGUCAUCAGAUGGACGUGUCUAUGUACAGCUGUCACUCUUGAGUGAUGAUACGAAGCAGAGACAAUUCACAUUGGAAAUGCGUGCUCGUGACCGUGGAACACCAUCUUUGAUCAGUGUAAACACGUUUACUCUGACUAUCAUUGUUCUCAGAAAUCUUAAUUGCCCAUCAUUUGAUAACCUGCCAAGAACUAUUGACAUUAACCAAACAACGACAGGACCAAUUGAAACUGUAAAGGCCACCGAUGUUGAUGAUUCAUUGGAAUUCAACACUACAGAAUACCUUGUCAUUGGCGAUGACCAUGCCUUGUUCUACUUUUUCAUCGAUCCAAGUAGUGGAGUAGUUCAGGUCAAUGGUGGAAUAUUAGCAGAUCCUGUCAAUGUAUUCAAGGUUCGUGUGAAGGCUAGUGAUAAGGGAAAUCCACCUUGUGAGAGAUUUGAAGUUCUUACGGUGAAUGUUCGGAGAAACAUGUUCUGUCCAAUAUGGAGCAAUACAAAUAGACAAUAUACAGCCACAAUAUUUGAGACACAUGGCCUGAAUAAUAUGGUGACAAAACUGACAGCAACUGAUGCAGAUAAAAAUCCUAGUGAUGCUGGCCGUGUCACCUACCGUCUAGCUAACAAUUCAAUGAAUGCAGAUAAGUUCUACAUUAAUGACAAUGGAGAGGUGUUUGCAAAGAGAUCCCUUAUUGGACUGACUGGUGAUCCAUAUGUGCUGACGAUACUAGCACAGGACAAUUAUGAAAAGAUCUGCACCAGUGAUCCAGCAACUCUAACAGUGACUGUGAUCAGAAAUAUGUUUCCACCUGAAUUCACUGGUGAACCCUAUGAAGUUACAGUUGAUAGUAACAUUCAGCUGAACCAACCGUUCUUUCAAGUUAGAGCCAGAGACAAUGAUACAAACAGUCCUUACAACGAUAUGACCUUCAGAAUCAUUGGUGAUGGUGAUUCACAGAUGUACUUCGACGUCAACUCCGUUUCUGGCCAGAUCAGCACAAAGACAGAUAUAAACAACAUUAAUAUUCAAACCUUCUAUAUUCGUGUUAUUGUGGAAGAUGGUGGUUUACCAAAACGUAGUGAUAUUUCUGUUGUGAAAGUGAAUGUGAACAGAAAUCAUGUCCCCCCUGUAUUUUCACAAAGCACAUAUCAAGAAACAAUUCUUGAAAUAAAACAGGUUGGCCUACCAUUCAUAACAGUGACAGCCACAGAUUCAGAUGUCUUUAGUCCAUACAAGGAUGUAUCCUAUGAACUGGAAGGAAAUACGACUGUACUGGAAUUCUUUAACAUCGAUACCGUGACCCAAAUUGUCACUGGCACCACGUUUUUUGUUGGACAGAUAUCUCUGAAGAAGUCCAUGCUAAAUUAUCCUAACAAGCAAAAUCCACAAGUCUUUGAGUUCCAAGUAUCUGCCAAAGAUAAUGGAGUUCCAAGCAAACCAAGUACAACUAAAGCUUUUGUCACUGUCACAGUUAAACGCAACACUGCCCCAUUCUUUCAAAACACUGACUUUACUGCCAGUAUCUCUGGACAGUUAACUGGAAAGAACACAGUUUUCACAGCUGAUGGCCGAGAUAAUGAUGUGGAUGAUCCAUUCAACCGUUUUGAAUAUUCCUUGAUUGGAGAUGGCUCAGCUACAACAUAUUUUGAGAUAGAACAAAACGGUGUGAUCUCUACAAAAGCUGCUGUUCCAUUGUCAUCUGACACACAACGUGUCUAUACAGCAAGGAUGGUUAUCAAAGAUUUUGGUACGCCCCGGUUAUCCGCAGUCCAAGCUGUUACAAUAACUGUUUCACGGAACUUCUUUGUGCCAAAAUUCAGUCAUGGUCUUAUUCAAAAGACAAUUCCAGAGACACUUACUGUAGGAUCAUUUAUUGUCAAAGUGAAUGCAACUGAUGAUGAUGCUCCUCCAGCAAAUAAGAUUACCUACAAAAUUGUUGAUGGAAAUGGCCAAAGCUUUCUUUUUGUCAAUCCAACAAGUGGUGACAUCACUCUCUUAAAAAGUGUGGAUGGUCUUGUCAGCUUCAGAAAUUUCUUUGUUAAUGUUGAGGCUCGAGAUGCUGGUAAUCCCACUGCUGCUCAGACCGUACGUGUGGAAAUCACUGUGAACUUCGAUGCAACACAGCUGUUUGUUACUCCAAACCACAACAUCACCAUCUCUGAGAACAGAUCACCUGGCGAAGUCAUCACCUCAAUUAGACCACAACCACAAGACUCUCUUAAAUUCAUUGUAAUUGGACGAAGUUCUGGCCCUGAUUACUUUGAUGUGGAUGGUAAUGGCGAUGUCAAGAUCAAGACAAAACUCACAGAAGACAAAGCUCAACUUCAGUCUUACCAGCUUCAAGUACGAGUUGAGAGAACCAGUCUCACGAUUCAGACUGCCACUACAAUGGUCAACAUCAUUGUUAUUCGAAAUGAAAAUCCACCCGUCUUUGUUCGGACUCUUUACAAUGUAACCAUUCCAGAUACUACAGCACCUGGAACAGUCAUAGAGACCAUUCAGGCUACUGAUGCUGAUACGGACACUCUGAUGUACACACUUAUCAGUGGCAAGCCUUACACCGACGUGUUCUAUGUUGAUCCAACGCAAGGACGCAUUUCUGUCAGAUCAGAUUUGACUGUGAUCAGCACCAGUCAAUACCAGUUUGAGAUAGAAGCAAGUGACGGGCGUGAUCCAGUGAAGACGACUCGUGCCACUGUCAUCGUGAACAUUCUCCGUGAUCAGCUGAAGCCUCUUUUCAUCAACCCACCUUACAGCAGCUCCAUCCGAGAGGACAUUGCCAAUGGUACCACAAUACAAAUGAACGGAUUUAGAAUUAUGGCAACUGAUCCUGAUCUUCGAGGAACGAUUCAGUUUGAAACAAUUGGAGUAGGUGUUGCCGAGAACUUCUUCCAGUUGAUUCCAGGACAUGUUGCCAAUCAACGAGCCGCAUCGAUUUCCGUUAUUGACUCAAACAGCUUAAGACAAGACCAGUCUCGAACACAGUACACUCUAAGAAUAACUGCCUAUGAUUCAGCCUAUCCAACAAACACUGCUGUAACUGAAGUGACAAUCAACGUGCAGCGUAAUCUGAAUGCACCUCGUUUCACUGAUUCUCUAACCAAUUAUCAGAAAACUAUAUACGCAAAACAGCAGCCAUUUGAGACCAUCAUUAAGCUGAAUGCUACAGAUGAUGAUGGUGAUAAGCUAGUGUUUUCAAUUACCGGUAAUGCCCAAGCACAGCAGUUCUACUUUGUUCAUCCCAGUACUGGUGAUCUCAUUGUGAAGCGAUCUCUACUACAAGGAACACAGACUCUAGACACGAUUAAUUUGCAAGUCCGAGAUCAGCGAAAUCCUGAAAAGUUUGGUUAUGCCACUGCUACCAUCAACAUUUUGCGGGAUAACCAACCACCAGUAUUCCAACGUACUCCAUAUACAAAGGAAAUCAGUGUUGGAAUUAACGUAAACACCAGCAUAAUUCAAGCAACAGCUGUUGAUCCAGAUCCAGCAGUGGAGCAAAUUCGAUAUGAAAUGGUUGGUAUGUAUCCAGCCCCAUCUUUCUUCAGAAUUGAUCCUGUUUCUGGAGAGAUAACUCUGUCUCAAUCUUUGACGCUUGACAGCAUGAAGAGUGGUGUCUAUUACUUGGAUCUUGAAGCUUAUGACACCUUCUACCCUGAUGCAAAGGGUAAAACAAGAGCAACCAUAACUGUGAAUCGCAACCCAAGUUCACCACAGUGUCAAUCUCAAUCCAUUAAUAAACGCAUCACCGAAUUCGAUCCCAUAGGAACAGUUAUUGCUGAUGUCAAUGCUACAGACAGUGAUGGAGAUACUAUUAGAUAUCGAAUUGUUUCAAAUGACCCUGAAGAUAAAGAAUAUUUCUAUCUUGAUGAAGUGACUGGAGUUGUUGUUUUGAAAAAGCCUGUACCAGCCACAGCAACAAUGUUUACUUUCACAGUCGAAGCCAGUGAUGGAGGAUUUCCCAAUCCAUUGUCAUGUCAAACAGUGAUCACUGUCCCAGUUGAUCAGGACAGACCGCCAAGAUUUUUGUCAAACAAUUACGCAUUUACAUUGGAUGAUAGUCAGCGGGUGCCUUCUGUUGUCUAUGACAUUGUUGCCGCCACUGAUGAUGAUAUUCAGGGUAGACUUCUUUUUGCAAUUGAUGGCAAGUUGCGGGCUCCAUUCUUUUUUGACAUCAACAACCGUUCAGCACAGAUUAGUUUAGUGAAUGACAUCAAGACCGAUUACUUCCCAUCGUAUGAAAUCCAAGUGACCGUUCGUGAUGAUGCUCGGCCAACAAAGGUGACCACCACAAUAGUGACAGUCACAAUGGUGCGCAACUCUGGUAGACCCACAUGGAACGUUCAGCGGUGUGAAGCAACUGUUGAAGAAUUGGUGCCUGUUGGUUCCAACUUCCUCAACAUCACCGCUUCAGAUCCAGAAAAUGAUCGUCUGUUCUAUUCACUUGUUCCAAAUGUACAGCCAGUGGUGAAUCGAUUAUUUGGGAUUAACAGUCAAACUGGUCAGAUUUCUGUCUUACGGAAACUAACCAUGGACACUACCAUGACAUAUAGGUUUAAAUUAAGAGUGAGAGACCAGAGACCAAUUAAUGAAAAGACUGUUGAACUUGACUGCACCAUCAAUGUACUGCGGAAUACAAUACGGCCAAGAUUCCAGAACACACCUUAUGAAGAGACCAUCUCAGAGCAAAGACCUGUCAACCCAGCCGACAUUCUUACAGUUAUAGCAACUGACGCAGAUAAACGAGGCACCAUGGUUUACAAACUUGUACAACAUGACUUUGGAGCCUACUUCUUCAAGCUUGUUCCAAAUAACAUCACAGAAACUGCUGGACUAAGACUGGUCAACCCUCUCAUCACUGACCGAACUCAGCUUACCUACAGAAUGACAGUUCGGGCUUAUGACAGUGCAUAUCCUGAAGACUUUGUUGAUCAAGAAAUAGUAAUUAGAGUCACUCGUAAUGAGUUUUCUCCAAGGUUUAUCGGCACACCAUACAGAACAACAAUUGAUGAAGAAACAGUUCCUGGCACAAAGGUUCUAGAUGUCAAUGCUACAGAUAGCAAUGUGGAUGACCAUCUUCAGUACUAUGCAAAUGGUGAACCCGAUACAAUGGAAUAUUUUUCAAUUAAUUCUGAAACAGGAAUUAUAAGUCUCAUCAAGUCUCUUGUCCCUGGCACCAAGAAUUCAUACAGGAUGGUUAUAAAUGUGACCGAUAAUGGCUAUCCUAAACGAUGGACAACAGUUGAUGCAUUUAUUGACAUUACUCGAGAUAGGUUUACUCCAUCAUUCAUUGGCAUCUGUCGUUCGAGAAUCAUCGAAAACGUUCAGCCUGGAACAGAUAUUACCACAGUUCGAGCAAAUGACGCGGAUGGAGUGAAUGUGGUUCUUCGGUAUGAUGUGGUUGGCAACUAUCCCGCACCAAGCUUCUUCAUGGUCAACACCACCACUGGAAAGAUAACAUUACAACGAGAUCUCAAACAGGAUUAUGAACGACAGAUGGAGUAUAGGUUGGUCAUCGAGGCCUAUGAUCAGAUGAGAGAGAAAAACCGUGGCCGGACAACAUGCACAAUUGAAGUAAAUAGGAAUCCUAACAGACCGUCCUGGGUCUUGACUCAUUUUUCUACAAGAAUACCAGAAGACCAUGCAGUGUUUGGACGUGUCAUUGAUGUCACAGCAACUGAUGUCGACACCUCAGAUAAGAUUAGAUACAGUAUAACAGAAGAAACAGCUCAACGUGGCCUCAGCUCUGGACCUUCCAACUACUUCUAUAUAGACACAGACUCUGGACGAAUCUUCUUAAAGCAGUCGCUUCUUGGCACCAACAUUGUCAGCUUUGUGGUGAUUGUGACAGCUUGCGACAAUGGCAUACCACAGAAGUGCAUAAAUACUUCUGUCAGUAUUUCAAUCAAUAAGGACGGAAGACCUCCCAUAUUCGUGAAUACACCAUAUGCACCUGUUAUUGAUGAUAACUUCCCCGUAGGUGACACCGUUCUCAAAAUUAGUGCCACAGAUCCUGAUUUGAAGACUGGAGGCAGAGUGGAAUAUGACUAUGCUCCUGGCCAGUUGAGGCCACCAUACUUCUUGCUGGACGGUACUAGUGGAAACAUUACCCUUGGCAGAAGCUUGAUGAAAGACACAGAAGUCCUGUUUCAGUUUCAAGUUGUUGCCUUUGAUUCUGCUGAGCCACGCAGAAAAGCCACAGCAGAUGUGUCAAUACGUGUUCGUAGAAAUAGCCAGGGACCGCAGUUUGAGCUUCAUCCAUAUUCAAAACAAAUUACUGAAUACCACAAAGUUGGGACUGAGGUUAUCGCCACUAAAGCACAAGACCUUGAUGGAGAUAUUCCCAUUUACAGAUUCCUAAACCCCACACCAGCCAUUGACAAAUAUUUCUUCAUGCAUUCAUACAGCGGAAUUAUUUAUUUGAAGUCAUCACUGGAAAGAACUCCUCAGACAUUUUUUAAUAUUACCCUUGUUGCCACUGACCAGCGUCCAGUGAAUGAAAAGACCGCUACAACAUCUGCCCUGAUAACUGUUGAUCUUGAUGCUGACCCUCGUUUCACGUCAACACUCUAUCGGAAGACAAUUGAUGAAGGUCUUACACCUCAGGAUGUUAUGACUAACAUUUUGGCAACAGACAGUGAUAAAAAAGGCACCAUCAUUUAUGAAGCAAGUGGAUACCCAGCACUGAAUUACUUUGCAAUUCACAACACAACUGGUGUGAUUUCGUUGACGAAAAUCAUUCGUUAUGAUCCACUACAGCUUCGGACAUACAGACUAAUCCUGGUAGCAUAUGACAGUGUGUUCCCCAAACGACGAGCAACAUCAACAGCCAUCAUUACUGUGAAUAGAAAUAACCAUGGGCCACGGUUUAUUCCAAAGGAUGAAUAUUACAACGUAACUCGUGAAGAUAUACCAAUUGGAUCUGAGGUUGCGAAUGUUACAGCAAUUGACGAGGACCUUGGAGAUAAAGUCACAUAUCAAAUCACGUUCAAAACUCAAGGUUGGGAUUUGUACUUCUAUAUGAAUCUGGAGACGGGAAUUGUGAAGACGAAUGACCUGUUAACAAAUGCACCAGAGAAAUACUAUGAGAUUGGUGUUAUGGCUAGUGAUGGCAGAGGACGUAAUACUACGGGUUACGUAACAAUUGAGAUUUCUCGAGUACAAACCGACCAGCCACCUGUCUUCCAACAAACACCAUACAGUAAAACAAUAAAAGUGACGUAUCCGGUUAACACCUUCGUGUACAAUGUUAGUGCUAUUGAUCCAGAUGUUAACCAGGGUCAAGUCAGAUAUGAAAUUGUUGGUGUGUACCCAGCUCCAAACUUCUUCAGAAUAAAUGAAACGACUGGAGCAAUCACUCUUACUAGGAAUCUACUGGAGGAUCAAACCAAGGCAUCCCAGUACAUGAUACGAGUUGAAGCAUACAACACCAAUAACAAAAAAUUACGGACAGGAGAAACUGUACAGAUUGAAGUGAUUCUGAAUCCAAAUCGCCCAAGCUUUUCACAGACCUAUUCCAUAAGUAUUCCAGAAAACUUCGGACAAGGUGGUUCAGUGUUGCAAGUUAAUGCCACCGACCCUGAUGGUGAUAACGUUGUGUAUAGAAUCAAAAAUGAUGGUCCUGGGGCAGAAGCACGUGAAUUCUUCUUCAUUUCAAGCAUUCAAGGAAUCAUAUAUGUCAGUAAAGAUCUUCGCAAAACAAGACCAAAGAAUCUCUACAGAUUUACAGUGGAAGCUGUUGAUGAUGGCCGACCUCCAAAUAUUGGUGAAGUCGAUGUGCUUAUUACCAUAGAAAGAGAUUUGGGACCACCACAAUUCAACAGACCUACUAUUGUUGUGAAUAUUCCUGAAACAACCCCUGUUAAUACAUCCAUUGAGACUGUUAGAGCAAUUGACCCGUUGCAAAAGGGCAAGCUGGUGUAUAUGAUUUCUGGUGAUGGAAUGGCCAAUGCAUAUUUCCUAAUUGAUCAAAGUGGAAGCAUUCGUGUUAGGACACCACUUGUAGCAACAACAGUUUCACGAUUUGAUAUGGUGGUGUUAGCAUAUGAUGAUUUCUACCCACGAAGUAAUGGAACUGCCGUUGUGACAAUCUAUGUCAACAGAAAUCUGAAUCCACCACGAUUCAUUGAUGGUCCAUAUAGGGCAACUGUGUUUGAAUACACAACAUCAGGCACUGCCAUUCUUAAUAUCAAUGCAACAGAUGAUGAUGGGGACACUGUUCGAUACCGACUUAUUCCGGAUGGUAAGAGUGAAACAUACUUCUUCAUUAAUGACAGAUCUGGCAUCAUCUACAUUAGGAGAGGGCUUUACUUAAACAAGAUUGACACUCAAUACCAGUUCCAAGUGGAAAUUAGUGACCAAAGAGACCCUCCACGCCUUGUGCCCACAACAGUUAUUGUUGAUGUGAAAAGAGAUGAACGACCACAAUUCCUUGGCCAGCCAUACUUUGCCAGUGCUGAUGAGAAGGAUGCGGUCGGCAAAAGUCUGUACAAAGUUUCAGCAAGAGAUAACAACCAAAUUGGGAACUUGGCAUAUGAAGUGGUCGGAGAUUUUCCUGCACCUUUCUUCUUCAGAGUGAAUGAAACGGGAGAUAUUGUAUUGCGUAACAGUCUUGGAUCAUACCCAGAAAGGCAGUAUAAUCUGGCAAUUGCUGUGUAUGACACUGCCAUACCAAGUGUGCGAGUCACGGCCACCGUGCCAAUAAGUGUGUCCAUCAAUCCAGGCUGUCCUACAUUCACAAAAUCAUUUGAAUCUUUCUCAAUCAAUGAUGACACCCCACGUGGUACAAAGAUUGGUCAAGUUACAGCAUCGGACUCGGACAAUGAUUCACCUACGUACACCAUGGAGACAACAUCAAAUGAAGGAGAAUACUUCUUCCUGAACAGCAAGACUGGAGAAAUCUUCCUCAUCAAAUCCGUGAAAAAUCUUCCACCUCAGCAAGGGCCAUUUACUUUCAGCAUCCGUGCCACAGAUAGAAUCAUUCUGCCAUGCUCCAACACGGUUUCUGUCACCGUCAGAAUUGAAGUAGACACAUCACGUCCAGUCUUUGGACAGAAACAUUACACUGUCACAAUAGAUGAAAGCCAGCAAGUAGGAUCAGUAAUAUUCCGGGGUGUAUCGGCUUCAGAUACCAAUGUACAGGGCUCGCUUGUUUAUGAGGCAAUUGGUAUCUACCCAGCUCGGACAUACUUUGCCAUUGACGGGACUACACGAUUCAUAAACAUCACCCGUGAUCUUAAACUGGAUGGAUUAGCUAACACAAAAUAUGAGCUUGAGGUCAUUGUUUACGAUACAGCUGCACCUGAUAUCCAAGAUACAGCAACGGUCACCAUUACUGUCAACAGAAACACUGGCAUUCCACAGUUCGACCGCAGCACCUACACUAAGAGCAUAUUUGAAACCCAUGCAAUGGCUGUUCCGGUUCUGGAUUUGAAUGCCACAGACAGUGAUCAAGAUGCUUUAAAAUACUACCUGAUAAAAGACAACAACAACGGCAAUGCUUUGUCAUACUUCUACAUUGAAGCUGGCAGUGGAAUCAUUUACUUGCGACGUCCAGUCAUGAACAUUGCAACUAAUCAGUUUUCAAUGCUUGCUCAUGCUGUUGACAGUGGACGGCCUGAAAGAACUGGUUCAGCCACCAUUAACAUCAUUAUACAGGACAUUUCUGCUCCAACAUUUGGCUCCGGUCCGUACAGAACAUCGGAGAGAGAGGACAAACCGGUGGGCCAGAGAGUGUUCCAGGUCACUGCAAGCAAGACAGGUGGGGUGCAGGGUUCUCUACAAUACAGACUGGUUGGUGAAGGCCUCAGCACAUACUACUUCAGUAUUGAUAAAACAACUGGUGUAAUCAGUGUACGCAGAGACCUGCGAACAGGAAGAGAUCUGACAUAUACAUUAAAAAUUCAAGCUUACGAUUCAGCCUACCCAGAUAUUUACUCAGAGACCACCUUGACUAUCGACAUGGAGAGGAAUCCAAACAGCCCAUUUAUUGGUGGACCUUACACUGCAAAUAUACAGGAUAAUGCUAGGUUGGGAUUUUUGAUUCUGGAUAUCAACGCAACAGACAAUGAUGGGGAUAAAUUAACAUACACCUUUGCUCCAAAUGAUCCAUGCCGAAAUGUCUUCUUCCUUGACCAAAACACUGGAAGAAUUUUCUUGGGUGCUGAUCUACAAAAAUUAAGUGACACAAGAUAUCAGUGCAACAUACAAGUAACAGACGGCGGAUAUCCAACGCCAAAGACUGCUUCCACAACUCUAACAGUAUUCAUUCGGCGAGAACAGUACCCAACAUGCAACCAAGCGUCGUUUCCUGCAAGUGUUAGAGAAACUGAUCCAGAGGGCACCAGAGUUGUCCAAGUCACUGCCUCAAAGAAUCCGACUUCUGGCACCAUGACUUACAAACUGACAGGAGUCUAUCCAGCGGCUACAUUCUUUGCUGUACACAGCACUUCGGGCCAGGUCACCAUUAAGACUGAUCUCAGGACGGACAACAUCGGCAGACUGAAGUACACCCUGACCGUUGUCUCAUAUGACAGUGCGUACCCUGACCAGCAGGUAACCUGCACGGCUUCUAUUACUGUGACACGUAAUGAUAACCCUCCAGUCUUCAAUCCAACAACAGUGAGGAAAACCAUUCCAGUAGAAACAGACAUUACAUUCUGGUCUCUUCCUUUGGGCGUCACUGACCCAGAAAAUGGUGAAGUGACAUGUUCUAUAAUGGGUACCCAGAAAGCACAGGAAUAUUUCCAGGUGGACAGCAAAACAUGUGUUUUGACCUUAAAGAAGUCGCUAGUAGACGAUCCACUGACAACUGAAUACAGGAUCACUAUUAAAGCUACAGAUGACGGCAAUCCAUCAAAGUCAAGCACAGGUCUUGUGAUUAUUACGGUUCCACGUGACAAGAGUAAACCUAGAAUUACCAACCUUCCACGUACCAUUACAAUUGAAGAGACAGUACAGCCAAAUAGCAUUGUGUACCAGGUUCAGGUUACUGAUGAUGAUCGAAGAGGUACAUUGACUUGCAAGCUUGUGGGUGAUAUUCCUGCUUUUCCAACAUUGUUCCAAAUGUCCCCUGCUGGUGUUAUUACAGUGAAAAACAGCCCUAUUAUUGAUGUGUCCUUCCCAGAUUCAUACACGCUUCGUGUCCAAUGCUACGAUGAUGCCUGGCCUACAAACAUUGUGGAAGAAGUGCUUACUGUGAAUGUCAAUCGUAACCCAAGUGGACCAAUAUUCAAUCCAACCAGCUAUUCUAAAGUGCUUCAAGACACCACAGAACUGUCUUCAGUUGUAGUUCAGCUCAUUGCCAGUGAUAGAGAUGGGGAUUCAGUGACCUUCUCCAGCCUGGCAAGUGAUGAUGUCAAGAAGGUCUUUUACGUACAUCCAAAGUCCGGAGCUAUUAUUCUGCUCAAGCCACUUAAGACUGUCGGAACAGCUCAGUUCAAUUUCAAAGUGCAAGCUGCGGAUGGACGAGGCAAAACUCAAACAGCAGAUGUCAGUAUACGAGUUCAAUCUAUUGGCGGUCCUCCAAGGUUCAUCAGUGCACCCUAUACAGUGAACAGAUUUGCAGUGUCCACCCCUGUGGGCAACCGAGUGAUUUCAGUCACGUGCCGGGAUCCAGACGUUGGUGCCGAUAUAAAAUACCGAAUUGGGUUCCCACAGCAGAGUGAAUAUUUCACAAUUAAUGAGGAUAAUGGAGUUGUGUCCUUGCUUAAGAACUUGUCAAGUAAUCCCAACAUCUAUCCAACAUACGUGUUAUUCCUUGAAUGUUACGACAGUCUGAACCCAACUGAAGUUGCUACCACCUCACUGACCAUCAAUGUUAGGAGAAACGAGUAUGCGCCCGAGUUUAAACCUGUACAGUAUGCAGCCACCAUCUAUGACUACUGGCCGAAGGGAACAUCUGUCACACAAAUGUCUGCUGUUGACAAUGAUAUACUUAGACCCGAGAAAGAUAUUCUGUACUCUAUUGAUACAAGUCGAGCUGGUGCCAGUUCAUACUUCACUGUUCACCCAUAUACAGGCCUUGUGACCAUUUCAACACAGGUGUCACAGGAUAAUGCAAAACCAAGCCAAUAUAUGCUCUAUGUGCUUGCACAAGAUUCCAGUUCCAAUCCACUAACGGCUACAGCAACCAUGACAAUAACUGUUCGUCGAAAUAAUAAACCAAUGUUUGACAAACACAAUUACGAUGUGAAAGUACCUGAGCAAACGAAGGUCUUUGGUCAAAUCAUCCAAGUGAGAGCAACAGAUCCUGAUCAGGAUGAGCGGAAUGGUGCUAUAACUUACAGAAUUGUUACGCCAGAUGCCUUGAGAGUGUUCCAAAUUAAUGCCACUUCAGGACAGAUUUUAGCUAGAGUCAACAUGGACACUGCCCCUAAAACUACCUGGUCGUUUGAUGUUGUCGCAGAAGACAAAGGAAGCCCACCUCUUUCUGACAGGACAACUGUAAACAUCGAGAUCAAGACAAUUGGAGUGCCUUACUUCCAAAGGGAAUACAGUGACCUUGUCGAUGAAGAUACUCCCGUGCAGACAUCUAUUCUUGACAUUAAGGCCAUUGAUCCACUUAAUGCAAAACUGGUGUACGACCUUAGAGGUGAUGGUUUGGGACCAGAGUACUUUGGACUGACACAAAAUGGAACCGUUUUCCUUAAGAAGACCCUUGUAUCCGACCCAGACAAAACACUACAGUACACUCUACGAGUGUACGCAUGCCGGGAGACCAACACUGCAGAAUGUGCCAUGGGAUUCGUGAGAUUAACAAUAAACAGGAAUCCAAAUCCGCCAGUAUUCCACACAAACAACACACUGUCCUACAACCUCCCAGAAGACCAGCCCCUCGGUGUAGUAUUUGGACAGUUGAAUGCCACAGAUUCAGAUUCUGGUGAUAAUGGCGUGGUUGAAUUUUCCAUUGAUCCUACAUCAUCAUCGCCAUCGUAUUCUUCCAACUAUUUCUACAUCAACAUUAAUGAUGGGAAAUUGUCUGUUGGAACAAAACUCUCACAAGAUCCAAACACAUUAAUCUAUAAGUUCCGAGUUAUUGCUCAAGACAAGGGUAACCCACGUAAAAGUGCCUUCACUGAAAUUACUGUCUACGUAACUCGCAAUCCUAAUGCUCCAAGAUUCAACCAAACAAAGUACAGUGUUACUAUCCCAGAAUCUACACCAAUUGGCGACAGUGUCAUCACAGUUGGUGCUUAUGAUCCUGAUGGGGAUAAGAUAUCCUAUGAAAUUCUUGUUGAGCCACCUAACAGCUUGUACUAUAAUAUUAACAGCGGUACUGGUCUCAUCACACUUGUCCAGACUUUGACACGAACACCUGUGAAUAAUUUCAUUUUGAAAGUAAUUGCUCGAGAUGGCCGCCUGUCUUCAAAGUCCGCUACAGCAACAGUUACUGUGAUUGUUAUCCGCAACCCCAAUGCACCAAUAUUCACAUCAGACCGCUACAACGUAACGAUCUCUGAGUACACAGACUUGCAGGAGAGCAUUAUCCGAGUGAUUGCCCAUGACAAAGAUGCAGUUACACAAGGACAGAUUCCCGAGAGUGGCCAGCUGGUUUAUAGUAUUGCGAGUGUAAAUCCAUCAGACACUGGCCGUGAUUUGUUCUCAGUCAGUCCAACAACAGGCGAAAUCAUCCUGGCAAGCAGCUUGAGAAGAAUUGGCAUUCGAAAUUUGUAUAAUAUAACUAUAUUGGUGAGCGAUCGUGCCACAGCUCCAAAGACCGACAUGGCCACUGUUAUGGUGACCAUUGUUCGAAACAGGUACGAACCACAGUUCAACCAAACACGUUACCUUGCUUCUGCCAGCCAGAGAGACAGAAUUGACACCAUCAUUUCAACAGUGUAUGCCUUCGACAAUGACACACUCGUUCCACUUAGUGCUAAUACACCAAAUGCAAAAAUCAAAUUCAAGAUUCUCAGCUAUUCAAAAUUCUUUGGAGUUGAUGAACAAGGACAGAUUUAUAUCAAACAGACUCUUCGGCCGAGUGCGACAGGAACUACAAAUGACACCCUUAUUGUUGACGUGGAAGUGACAGAUUUGAGUUGGCGUCCUAAAUCUUCAAGAGCAAAACUUAUUGUUGCGGUUUCAUAUGUGGCGCCAGAUGGAGGCAUCAUUGGCUUCAUUCGACCCCAAUUCUACAUUGAGGUUCCAGAAAACACUCUCAAGGGAUCUCAUGUUCUGUUCAUGGAUGUUGUGAAUCAAGGGAAUAGCAAAAUAAAUAUCACCCUUACUGGUAACAAAAAUGUAUUUAAUGCGACAUAUGACAGAGAUCGUAAGAACGCCUUUUUGACUGUGUCAAAUAAAUUGGACCGAGAACAGGCUGACAGGUAUAUAAUCAAGGCACAUGUUGAAAGAGAACGGAGCAGCACCAGGCGCAGGCGUGAGAUUGGACAGGACAGUGCUAAAAAUCAAAUUUACAAUGCUUGGGCUAACAUGGAAAUCAUCAUUCAAGUAACCGAUAUUAAUGACAACGCACCUGUGUUCCAGUUCCCACUCUACCCACCAGCAACCUAUUACGACCAGGAUAAAUACUUUGGAGCCAUCAAUAUCAAUGCCUUGCCGAAUGACCAAAUUAUGACAGUGACCGCUACCGAUGCAGAUCUGGGAAGAAAUGCAGAGAUCGAUUACCUGAUGGACAUAGCUGUUGAUCUGAAGAAGAACCCAUUUAGUGUCUCUAGGAUCGAGGGAGUUAUGAAGACCACGCAGGAGUUUGACACUAAACCUAAUGCAGUACAUCACUUCAGAUUUGAUAUUUUGGCCAGGGACAGGCCACUGAACACGGUGUCACUGGAAGACAAAGCUGAAGUCAUCGUUAAUUUGAUUGAAACAUACAACCGAUUCUAUCUUGUGCUCAAUGAUCGACCAUCUGAACAGAUCUUGGCAAAACAGGAAGAAUUUAGAAGAAUUAUUCAAGAGUGGUCAGGAUACUUGACCAUCAUUGAGAGGAUUCGAUCAAAAGAAAUAGAAAUUGAGAAGAACAACAUUCGCAUGGACAGUACUUCGUCCGAUAUCAUCUUUGUGUUGGUAGAUUACAAACCUAAUGGAUAUCGUCUGCUGAAUAACACAAAUGAAGAAGUAAGAAAGAAGCUCCUUUCUGAUGUCUCUCAAAACCUGAUAAAGGCUAUGGUAAAAAACAAUGUUUCUGUUAUUGUACAUGAGGUUCGACUUCCUCAUCAGUCACAGAUCUUCGUCCGCAACAGGAUCGCCAAGUCCUACUUGUGGUGGGUGGAUGACCCGUGUGCCGCACUCAUUGCACUGGCAGCAAUCAUCAUUCUGCUGUGCAUCGUUGGCAUCAUCGUUCUCAUUUUCUCAUACUCCAGAUACAUGAGAUUCAUCCAACAAUACAGAAUCUACCAAAGCUCAUACGCAGCACCUGACUUUGCAAACCCACCAAACUUCCUCAGAGAAUAUGAGACACAGAGUCUGAACAUGUAUGUACCUCCCGAUGAGGGUCUUCAAGAAGUUGGUGAGAUCAACAUGAUCUUCCAGCCAGACGAGGCUUCACCCACUGUGGAACACACGGCCCAUGAUGCAAACAUCACCUCGGAAGUCAUCCAGUACGGAUCAAGUCCAGGUGUUGUUGCAGCUACCAAUCCUAUCUACCAAGGAGAAGUGGAGUACAAGACAACGGGCUUUAAGGAUGACACGACUAUACUGUAAACUGGCAGUUUGCCGCCAAGCCUCUACAAACUUUUAAUUCCACAGAAUACUUUCAGCAAGAAAUUAUAGUGUAUGUUUUCAGCAAGGACUUCAUGUGUUUUUCGUGUUUAUUAAAAAAACCAAGGAAUGAUUGUGAAUAUUCAGCACAGUUAUUGAAAAUUUUUAUGACAUUUUUUUCAUAACAAGAUACAAAUAUUCAAUGCUGUUCAUGACAAUUUAUGUGUUUCAGCAGGGUUUUUUUUUUUAUUAUUUUGAAAUCUUUUUAAUAUCUAACUAUUCAUUGCUUUGUUGACAUUUUAGGUGCUAUUAUAGAACUAACAAAUAUAUUAAUUGAAAAAUGUUUUAUCCUUAUUGAUAUAGCUGGAACUAAAGAUCUGAUUUUGUCUUAGUGUAUUGAUAUUCAUCCAACAGAAUGUUAUAAAGCAAAAACUUUUUUUUAAAAUACAUGCAUAAAAAAGCAUUGGCUUUUAGAAUUUUUACUACUUUGCUUUACAAUGUUUCAAACUUAAGGUUAAUUAAUAAAAGAUUGUUUAGAUUUGUUAUAUGAGUUUAUUCAUUUUAAAAUGUAUUUUUUAAAUUGCUUUAUUCACAUUAAAGUAAUAUUUGUUUGUUGUAUGAUUUUAAUAUCUUUAAUAUUUUUGUUUUAAUUACCUUAUUCUCAUUUUGGAGUAAUUUUUGUUUAGAUAUUUUUGUACAAGUUGGAAAGUAAACCUUUUUUGUAAUUUGUAAUUUGGAGUAAUUUAAAAUGUAUGUUAAGAGUUGUUUUAUGAUCAUAUCAUUUUAUUGAGUAACAUAUAAACCAAUGUCAUGUUUGUUGCACAGAAUUACUUAACGUUUACCCCAGAAUUGAUGGACAUUGAUUUUAAUACUGUUUUUAUACGUUUCUUUGUAGUUAUGCAAAUUAUAUUAUAUACAUUCCACAAAAAUGUUGAAAAUAAAUUGUAUAUUUUAAGAGAGAGAAUGUUUGUCUUCUCACAUAGAAUUUGUACAUCUUUUAUAUUAUACAACAGUAAAUUUAUAUUAUAUAUACACAAAUAUAUAUGAAAUAAAUAUUAUUUCUAUAAAA